CUGCGGGUUCUACUUUUCUAAAACCCGUGGCGAACCCUCUCCUCUCCGGCAUGGCGGAAUCGGAGAAAACGGCGGCGUUGAAGAAGGCACAAUUGAAGCAGAUAAAACGUCCUUCAAUCAGCGGAAAAAGAUUGAUGAACUUGAAGCUAUGAGGAGGAGGAUAUUAUGACAGAUCUUAGAACGGAGUUGAGAUACGUGCAGGAUAAAUUGGAAAAAGUGAAGAAAAAUCAAAUCCAGCUUUUGAAUGGACAAAUCCCAACAGAGGAUGCAUCUUCUCUGUUGGAUUCAAUGCUUAUACCCGCUGAUGAUUCUCUGUUGAAUCCAGGAUUUGUAACCGUAACAAAUUCUGAUUUGAGGAAUGAUGCAAUGAAUCAGAAAUAUUUGGAUAAUAAAUGCUGCAACAUGUUAAAACCGGAUGACCAAUCAAAUGCUUCUCGUUUGGAGAGCUAUUUUGCUCACCAUUCUGACAUAACCACUGUGCUAAUGAGAACCAAGGAGCCUGACCUUUGUAGAAAUGGAUGUACACAGAAAAUUCGUGCUCUCAAAAGAAAGUUGCUGGAUGAAAGAUUGCCUCCCUCUGGAGGUGUUGAGGAUCUCCAUGCCCUCUUAAAGAAUGAAUUGAUCAUGGAAACUAGUGCUGAGCAUGAAGAAAAAUGUAUGAUAUCCUCUCCAAGGACCAAAAGCAUGAGGAUGAUGAACUUUCCUAGGGAAAAGGUAAAGAAACCUGUCAAAAGCCGUACAUCGAGAAGAAGAAAGACUCAAUUUGGAAGAGCCAAAUCUAAAUCGUGUAAGUUUCACGCUGGUCAGCUCAUCAAACCUUCUCAAUCAUCUUCUCUUCUUUCCUGUUCCAGAGGAUAUCCCAGCAACAGAAAUGUUAAAGCUGAUGAUUGUUUGCAGACUGUAUCAUCUAUGUCAAAAGGUUCUAGAGGAUGAGAAGAAGAGUUGCAGCAUAAUAGCAACUGCUGUAAAGAUGAAAGCGUGUUGAUUCAGAAAAGGAAAGGAUACUUGAAGCUGAAAAGCAGAGAUGCCAUUGCUAACUCAUUCAAGUCUCAUCUAUGUCAGCUUGAUGAAACCCGUUGUGGAACCUCUACAAAUUCAGUCUCUGUAAAUGUUAAAUCUGGUGGAAAUCAAUUGAGGAUAGCUGAAAGUGAGGCCAAGAUAAAGCCAUUGUCUCGUUUGGAUCCUGGCUUAACAUUAAUUAAAAGUGAUAUGAAUCCCAUAUCAGGGUCAAAAAAUAUCACUGUGAGUGUCAAGGCACUAAGUAUAGACUUGUCCAGAAUGUAGCAGAUGAGGACAUAAAACUGAGAGACGAGUCCAUGUUGGUAAGACAAGAAGGUGAUGCUAGAGUGAUUUCAACCCUUCUGUCUUCUGAAUUGAGCUCAGAGAUGGUCAGUGUACCAUUGGCCCCUUCUAAUUUGAAAGCAGCCAAAGUGUCAGAAGAAACUGAUACAUCUCCCACUAAGGCAGCCAAUGAUAGGCUUCUCAAAUACACCUUUCAAAGGAAGCACAAGAAGUAAUAUUUUAGUGACUCUGAUGAAAAGACUCCUGCUGAAAUCAGCAGUUCAAAGAAGAGGGAAGGUGAGAAAUAAAACAAUGCACAGGAGACAGUGAAAUCUAGCUUGAUGAAUGAAAUUACUAGGGACAGUCAGUGAAUGGCUCAGGUUGCUCAUCAGGUUGGUUCCUUGUAUCCCACUGCUUGUUUUCUGGAAUUUAUUUGAAUACAGAUAACUAACCUCUUAAUGUCUAGCAAAUACGUUUUAAGGACUGAGUCUAAGGAUUCUGGGCACAUUGUCUGGUCGUGUAUUGCAUCCACCUGCAAUAAUUAGGAUAGAGAGUUCUUUCAAUAACCAAUAAUAAUCAUCUGAUGGUUAACAUUUUUAGCAAAUAUAUAGAAAAAGGAAAAAAAAAAUAAAAAUGUGAAUUUUGU